CGCCAAGGCGCAGCGCGUCUCCCUCGGCUGCCGUCGCCAUGGCUGCCCGUGAUGGCGUUGCCUCCGCCGGCGAGGGCCUGCGGUAUUCUGAGUACGUGCCGCCCUCGACCAAACGGCCGGACGCAGAGAUCGACCAGGGCUUGGCGAGAAGCUUGAUAGCUGUAGGACUGGGUUUUGCAGCUUUUGCAUUUGCAGGUCGCUACGUAUUUCAGGUCUGGAAACCUCUAGAACAAGUAAUCAUAGAAACUGCAAAGAAGAUUUCAACUUCUAGCCUCUCAUCCUACUAUAAAGGAGGAUUUGAACAGAAAAUGAGUAGGCGAGAAGCUAGUCUUAUUUUGGGUGUAAGCCCGUCUGCUAGCAAGGCCAAGAUUAGAACAGCUCACAGAAGAAUCAUGAUUUUGAAUCACCCAGAUAAAGGUGGAUCACCAUACUUAGCAACCAAAAUAAAUGAAGCAAAAGACUUGCUAGAAGAAACCACCAAACACUGAUUAAUACUCAAGGACUACUCUGAAGGGAAAAAGCAGCAGGGUUAAAAACAAAGUCCAGCAAAUUGAAUCAAAACCACCAACGUCACAAUUUUCAUACAUGUACUAAUGAUAAAUAAUAAUUUAUUCCACUGUUAAGUGGCGUAAUAAUAAAAGAUUAAUAAUCUGUCUUACUGUCUUUUAAAGGAAUACCUUAAAUUUUAUAACUGAUUUUUUUCUUAUUUUCUUACUUUCUCCAUUAUAGUCAUACCUUUUAAUAUUUCUGCUCUGUUAGUUUUAAGUCCUCCACACUCCUCCCUGACAUAAAAGUAUCCAAAAAGUAUGAUCAUCAGUACUGUAAUUUGUGUUUGUGAGCAAUGAGUAGAAAUAUUUUCACUGCCUAUACAGGGGUGAGAAAAGUAGGUUUACAGUUGCAUUGUGACAUUCUUUUAAGUUAAUAAAGCUGUUGUAAUAAAUCAGAACCUGCAUGUCUUUUCCAUAUGAAGAACUGUAAGCCUACUUUUGUCCCCCACCCCAUCUUUAUACUCACAUUGUCCCUGUUUCCUUGGAAGAAUUUAGAAUGUUGCCUAUGUGAGGGGCUUUAAAUGUGUUGAGACCAAACAAACAAUGACUGCCAUCCCAUGGGGAAAUGAUCUGAAAUUUAAUGGAAUUUACAAAAUUGUAUUUUCUAAAGUAGUGGUUAGGACUCCUUGAACUCUGCUCUCUCUGAAACCCUAUAGCUAAAGCAUGAGAACUUGGAGAGCCACUAAAAUGUUUAAAGAUUUACAAAAUGAGCCCUGUGAUCAAAGGCUGAAAAGAGCUAUGAGAAGUCUGAGGAGUUUGUAUUUAAUUACAGUCUUCCAGUACUAUAUAUUUAUUCAAUUAUUCAUUCCAAAUAUUAAUUGACCACUUCAAAUGUGUAAGAUGCUAUAGUGGCCCCUCUGAGAGGUAUAAGUGUGAACCAGUUAUGGAUCCUUACCCAAAGGAACUUAAAUUUAAAAGAAAGAUAAAUCACAAAAAUACUAAUAGAGAUAUAUAGAUACUAAAGAAGUUCAGAAGAAGAAAGGAAUAUUUUGAGUUGAGAGCAUGGGGGAGCCUCAUAGGGUUAUGUGGCACAGAGCUGAGCUUUCACAACAGUAGACAGCACGUGCUCAGUGAGUCAGUGUGUCUCUUCUGAGAGCUGUCAGAAUAGCAGAAAUGCGGUAUUAAUUACUGUAAUAGAGUGAUUCAAUGAUUUUCUCAAAACAACCUUUGGUCCUCAUCACUUUACUAUUUCAAAGGUGAGAAAACAGAUUCAGAUACAGAGUACCAGCAUUAUUUUCCAGUACUGCUUUACAAUUUCUGGGUUCAUCCCAGGUAAACUGAACUUAUUUCACUUAUCUUAAAAUACUUUUUAAUAUUCUAGAUGCAUCUUUCAGUUUAUUGUUUCCCUUAGUUCGGGAGUUUUCAAUGUUGGCAAUAUUAUCAGUACUGAGUUGAAUAAUUCCUUUUUGUGCCAGCUCUCCUAUGCGGUAUAGGAUGAUUGGCAACAUGCAUGCCUGUACUUACUAAAGACCAGUGGCACACCCUCACUUGUGACAACUAAAAAUGUUUACAGACAUUGCCAAAUGUCCGUUGGAAGGCAGAAUUGUCCCCGGUUGAGAGCUAUGCUGUAAAUGUUUAGUUUUUUCUUUGGACACAUAAAAUAAUGUCCUAGUUUAAAAUUGAUUGAAUGUUAGAGUUAGCAAAAUAUUGUUCUUGCUUUAAAGUCUCCAUGCAUGUCCUAAUUUUAUUGUGCUUUAGUGGGUUUCAGUUUUCUGCUCACCAUUAUCUCAGUACCCCAUUAUCUCAGUACCCCAGAUGCCCUUUUGAUCCUCAGAUCUUCACGUGCUCAGAGUGUAGAGAUCAUUGAAGGUCAAGCUAAAAUGUAUCCCUCCUUUUCUUGUGCUUCCAGUAAAAGUAAAGUGAAUCAACUCUCCGGGAGAAGGAACCAUAUCUGUCUUGUUUACUGCUACAUUGACACCCAAUAAAUACUUGUUGAAUGAAUGAAUAAA